AUGCACUCUCACCACUCGCACUCGGGACAGUACGUCCAACACGCUAAGGAUAGUCUUGAAGAAUGUGUCCAGGCAGCCAAGGACAAGAAAUUCGACGUUUUCUGUCUCACAGAACAUAUGCCUCGAUCCAGGGAGACCGAUCUGUAUCCUGAGGAGAUUGAGUCCAAAACUACUCCUGUUGAUCUCGCUAAGGUCUUUGACGAUUAUGUGAAACAUGCUCGACAGCUACAGAAGGAUAACACUUCCAACACAGAGAUUCUGGUGGGCUUUGAGUGUGAGUCUAUCCGAGCCGAGUGCUGGGAUCGAGCGGUUGAGCUCAAGAAGCACUAUGGUCUUGACCUGUGUGUUGGAUCUGUGCACCACGUCAACGGCAUUCCUAUUGAUUUCAGCCAGGGCCAAUGGUGCGAUGCUUCUGACUCUGUGUCCGAUAUGAUUGACGACCAGACUACUCCUGAACAUGCUCUCUACAAAAAGUACUACGAGAUCCAAUGGAACAUGCUACAGAAACUUAAGCCCGAGGUGGUUGCUCAUUUUGAUCUCAUUCGACUGUACUCCACCAUUAGAGAAGGCUUUGGAGCCACCGAGAACUACGUGCGAGAGAACUGGCCAGAUGUUUGGGACCAGAUCAUCAAGAACAUCGAUUUCAUCAUCUCCUAUGGAGGUUUCAUUGAGGUGUCUUCUGCUCCUCUUCGAAAGGGUUGGAAUACUCCCUAUCCCCGGCCUGACAUUUGCAAAGCUGUUAUUAACCGAGGAGGACGACUGUGUCUGUCAGACGAUAGUCACGGAGUAGCCCAAGUGGGACUCAACUAUAAGAAAACUCUCGAAUAUCUGGAGGGCCUGGGAGUCAAGGAUCUGUGGUUCUUGACUAAGAAGAGUGGCAAGGUGGAGGCUCAAAAGAUUGAGAUUGUGAGAGCCAAGGAGGCUGGUUUCUGGGUCUCCUGUUAG